AUGGCCGACAAUUCCAACGGCGUAAACCACAAUGCCAACGGUGUGGAGAGCGCCACAGAGUACACGACAGACAAGAAGGGCGCCUAUGACAAUGGUGCCAUCAACGUAGCUCCUGCCUACUCGAACGACCCCGGAGCCGACCCCGAGAAACACGGUCACUAUGUGGAGCAUGCACACGGCACCGGCACCUUGGAACCUGUCUACAACGAGCAUGGUGAAAUCGAGGGAGGUACCCAGCGUCUGCUCAAGCAGCGUCACAUGGCAAUGAUCGCUAUCGGUGGUGCUAUCGGUACUGGUCUUUUUGUCGGUUCCGGCUCUGCGUUGGCGAGUGGUGGCCCCGUCGCGCUGUGGAUCGGCUACUGCCUGAUGGCGACCAUGGUGUAUGCCAUGAUGGUCGCCCUCGGUGAGAUGGCCACCCUCUUCCCCGUCGCUGGCGCGUUCACCCACUAUGCCUCGCGCUUCGUCGACGAGUCCCUCGGUUUUGCCAUGGGCUUCAACUACUGGUACUCGUGGGCUAUCACUCUGCCCACCGAGCUGUCUGCUGCGGCCAUUGUCAUCUCGUACUGGGACGACAACACCUCCCACACCGCCGCCUACAUUACCGUCUGCCUGGUCAUGGUCUGGGUCAUCAACCUGUUCGGCGCUCGCGCUUACGGUGAGGCCGAGUUCUGGUUCUCCACCAUCAAGGUCGUCACCAUCAUUGGCUUGAUCAUCUUGUCGCUUGUCCUCAUGUGUGGCGGUGGUCCCACCCACGACGCUAUCGGUUUCCGCUACUGGCGCAACCCCGGUCCCUUCAACCACCUUGCUGCUGGCGACGGUUACAUACCAGGUGCCUGGGGCGAGUUCCUUGCCUUCUGGUCUGUCUUUGUCCAGGCUGCGUUUUCGUUCAUCGGUACUGAAAUCAUUGGUGUGACUGUCGGCGAGGCCUCCAACCCCCGCAAGACUGUCCCCAAGGCCAUCAAGCGCGUCUUCUUCCGUCUCGUGGUCUUCUACGUGCUCGGUAUCUUCUUCAUCUCCGUCCUCGUUCCUUACAACGACCCCCGCCUCCUCAACGCCAAGUCGGGUACCGCUGCCGCCUCGCCCUGGGUUAUCGCCAUUGAGAACGCCCAGAUCAAAGUCCUCCCGUCCAUCGUCAACGCCGUCAUUCUCAUCUCGGCCUGGUCGGCUGGUAACUCUGACCUCUAUGCCGCGUCGCGUACCAUGUACGCGCUUGCGCUCGAGGGCAAGAUGCCCAAGAUCUUCCGUCGCUGCACCAAGGGCGGUCUCCCCAUCUACUGCGUUUGUGUCACCGGUAUCUUUGGUGUGCUGGCAUACUUGUCCUGCGGCAACGGCAAUGCCCAGACGGCCUUCGACUGGCUCUACAACCUCAGUGCCAUCACCGGCUUGCUCACGUGGUGGACCAUUUUGCUCAGUUACCUCCGCUUCUACUACGGUCUGAAGGCGCAAGGCAUCUCGCGCGACUCCUUCCCCUUCAGGGCUCCCUGGCAGCCAUGGCUUUCAUGGUAUGGAAUCAUCUGGUUCAGCCUGAUCGUGUUUUUCAACGGCUUUACCGUCUUUGUCAAGGGCAACUGGGACGUGUCGAGUUUCAUUGCGGCGUACAUCACCGUCCCCAUCUUCUUCGGCGCAUGGAUCAUCUGGAAGGUCGUCAAGCGCACGAGGUUCAUCCCCCUCAAAGAGAUUGACUUUACGUCUGGCCGUCGUGAGCUCGACGAGAUGGAGGAGCUCGACAACGUGCGCUACAAGCCCGACACGAUGUGGAAGAAGAUUCUCUCCACGGUCUUCUAA